CCCCAGCGCCCCUGGGAAGUGCUCUGGCGUUAGCGUUCUAGUUAAAGGACCCCAGCAUCAGCGUUCCUCCUGCAGGGUUGGGUUCUCAGAGAAAGAAAAGGUGAUGCAGCAGACGCUGGGAUUGGAGAAAUUACGAGAGUGAAGUGGAAAGAGCCUGGCCAGCGUGACUUAAACCGGCCGGGAGAUGUGCGAGUAUGAACGCUGCCGUCCGUGCUGUGGUGCGCAUGGGCAUCUACGUGGGGGCCAAGGUGUACUUCAUCUAUGAGGGCUACCAGGGCAUGGUGGACGGAGGCGCGAACAUCGCGGAGGCCGACUGGGAGAGCGUCUCCAGCAUCCUGCAAGUGGGCGGGACGAUCAUUGGCAGUGCGCGGUGCCAGGCCUUCCGCACGCGGGAAGGCCGCCUGAAGGCCGCCUGCAACCUGCUGCAGCGCGGCAUCACCAACCUGUGUGUGAUCGGCGGGGACGGGAGCCUCACCGGGGCCAACCUCUUCCGGAAGGAGUGGAGCGGGCUGCUGGAGGAGCUGGCCAGGAAUGGCCAGAUCGAUAAGGAGGCCGUGCAGAAGUACGCCUACCUCAACGUGGUGGGCAUGGUGGGCUCCAUUGACAAUGAUUUCUGUGGCACCGACAUGACCAUCGGCACUGACUCCGCCCUGCAUAGGAUCAUCGAGGUCAUUGACGCCAUCAUGACCACGGCCCAGAGCCACCAGAGGACCUUCGUUCUGGAGGUGAUGGGACGACACUGUGGGUACCUGGCCCUGGUGAGUGCCUUGGCCUGCGGUGCGGACUGGGUGUUCCUUCCGGAGUCUCCGCCAGAGGAAGGCUGGGAGGAGCAGAUGUGUGUCAAACUCUCGGAGAACCGUGCCCGGAAAAAAAGACUGAAUAUUAUUAUUGUGGCUGAAGGAGCAAUUGAUACCCAAAAUAAACCCAUUACCUCUGAGAAAAUCAAAGAGCUCGUCGUCACGCAGCUGGGCUACGACACACGUGUGACCAUCCUCGGGCACGUGCAGAGAGGAGGGACCCCUUCGGCAUUCGACAGGAUCUUGGCCAGCCGCAUGGGGGUGGAGGCAGUCAUUGCCUUGCUAGAGGCCACCCCGGACACCCCAGCUUGCGUCGUGUCGCUGAACGGGAACCACGCCGUGCGCCUGCCACUGAUGGAGUGCGUGCAGAUGACUCAGGAUGUGCAGAAGGCGAUGGACGAGAGGAGAUUUCAAGAUGCGGUUCGGCUCCGAGGGAGGAGCUUUGCGGGCAACCUGAACACCUACAAGCGACUCGCCAUCAAGCUGCCGGAUGAUCAGAUCCCAAAGACCAAUUGCAACGUGGCUGUCAUCAACGUGGGGGCCCCCGCGGCCGGGAUGAACGCGGCCGUGCGCUCAGCUGUGCGCGUGGGCAUUGCCGACGGCCACAGGAUGCUCGCCAUCUACGAUGGCUUUGAUGGCUUCGCCAAGGGCCAGAUCAAAGAAAUCAGCUGGACAGAUGUCGGGGGCUGGACCGGCCAAGGAGGCUCCAUUCUUGGGACAAAACGCGUUCUCCCGGGAAAGUACCUGGAGGAGAUCGCCACGCAGAUGCGCGCGCACAGCAUCAACGCGCUACUGAUCAUCGGCGGGUUUGAGGCCUACCUGGGACUCCUGGAGCUGUCAGCCGCCCGGGAGAAGCACGAGGAGUUCUGUGUGCCCAUGGUCAUGGUUCCCGCUACUGUGUCCAACAAUGUGCCGGGUUCCGAUUUCAGCAUCGGGGCAGACACAGCCCUGAACACUAUCACCGACACCUGCGACCGCAUCAAGCAGUCUGCCAGCGGAACCAAGCGGCGCGUGUUCAUCAUCGAGACCAUGGGCGGCUACUGUGGCUACCUGGCCAACAUGGGGGGGCUCGCGGCCGGAGCCGAUGCCGCAUACAUUUUCGAAGAGCCCUUUGACAUCAGGGAUCUGCAGUCCAAUGUGGAGCACCUGACGGAGAAAAUGAAGACCACCAUCCAGAGGGGCCUUGUGCUCAGAAAUGAGAGCUGCAGUGAAAACUACACCACCGACUUCAUUUACCAGCUCUAUUCGGAAGAGGGCAAAGGCGUGUUUGACUGCAGGAAGAACGUGCUGGGCCACAUGCAGCAGGGUGGGGCACCCUCUCCAUUUGAUAGAAACUUUGGAACCAAAAUCUCUGCCAGAGCUAUGGAGUGGAUCACUGCGAAACUCAAGGAGGCCCGGGGCAGAGGAAAAAAAUUUACCACCGAUGAUUCCGUUUGCGUGCUGGGAAUAAGCAAAAGAAACGUUAUUUUUCAACCUGUGGCAGAGCUGAAGCAGCAAACGGAUUUUGAGCACAGGAUUCCCAAAGAACAGUGGUGGCUCAAGCUACGGCCCCUCAUGAAGAUCCUGGCCAAGUACAAGGCCAGCUACGACGUGUCGGACUCAGGCCAGCUAGAGCACGUGCAGCCCUGGAGCGUCUGACCCAGUCCUGCCUGCAUGUGCCUGCAACCUGGACUCACCGUGGACCAUCUGUUUUUGUAACACUUAAGUUAUUUAUCAGCACUUUAUGCAAGUAUUAUUGACAAUACCUAACCAGCAAGCACCUGUCACCGCCCGUGUGCCCCACCAGCUCCAGUGCGUGCCGUCUGUGGACUGUCUCAUGCUUUCAGAUGUGCGUAUUAAACGUUUGCCUACAACUCCAA